GUGAAAUUGUACUGAUAAUUUCAAUGCUGUCGAAAGAUACUGAAGAAAACAAAAUGUGUUCGACUUAUGAUCAAACGAAUAAAAAAGGAAUUAUGUUGAUUGAAUUACAUGACACUGGCAUUGGCAUGAAUCCUGAAUAUAUACAACAUGCCUGGAAAAGUUUUUCACGGGGUGAUAUGUCAAUAACCAGGAAACAAGAUGGUGCAGGACUUGGUCUCUCAAUUUGUAAAAGUUUAGUAGAAAUUAAUGGUGGAGAAAUUAAAGCAGAAAGCCAGUUGGGAGAAGGAAGUACAUUUUGGUUUACAUGGAACAUAGAGCUAUUAUCAUCGAUAGCACCAACUAUUUCAAAACUUCCAACUUCCUCAUUAUUAGAAGCACAAUUUGAUAUGCAAAUAAACCAUGCAUUGCCUAAUUUUAUAAGAAAAAAACGAAUACUAAUAAUUCAUCCAAUCAAAAAUAUGAGAAACGCAAUGUUAACAUAUUUUAAAAUUGUUGAAAAAGUUGAUGCAUUCGAUACCUUUAACGAAGGUAUUAAAGCUGCCCAAAAAUAUAAAGAACUGUAUAAUCAACCUGCUUAUGACAUAGCAUUCAUCGGUCUUUAUGAAGAUAAUGAAGAAGAGGUCAUGAGAGCAGCAUUAAAGUUAAAAGCAUUAGAUAUGGAUAGUAAUAGAUUAUUUGUAAUUUUUAUAGUAUUUCCGACUAUUGAAGGAAAUGGAUUAGCAAAAAAAUUAAUUAGAAAACUUGGGGGAACCGUUUCUGCUAUUUACACUCCAAUUACGCGAAAAAAGUUAAUUAAUCAA